AGAAGGAAGGAAAAACGAACACGAUGGGCCAGCGCGUUUCGCGUACCGACUUCGAGUGGGUGUACGAUGACCAACCGCACACCCGCCGCCGGCAGGAAAUGGUGAAAAAGUACCCGCACAUCAAGAAGCUGUUCGGGCCGGAUCCCAAGUUCAAGUACAUCGUCUCCGCCAUGGUGCUGACGCAGAUCGCCAUGCUGUACGUGAUGCAGCACCAGUCCUGGCCGAUGAUCGUCCUGGUGGCGUACUGUUUCGGGGGCGUCAUCAACCACUCGCUCAUGCUGGCGAACCACGAGAUAUCGCACAACAUGGCGUUCGGGUACGCGCGCCCGCUGGCGAACCGGUACUUCGGCAUGUGGUGCAACCUACCGAUCGGUGUGCCGAUGUCGGUGUCGUUCAAAAAGUAUCACAACCUGCACCAUCGCCACCUGGCGGACGACGAUCUCGACCCGGACGUGCCGACGCUGGUCGAGGCGAAGCUGUUCUGCACCACGUUCGGCAAGUUCGUGUGGGUCUGCCUGCAGCCGUUCUUUUACGGGCUGCGGCCCCUGUUCGUGAAUCCGCUGCCCGUGACGAAGCUGGAGCUGAUCAAUACGGCGGUGCAGCUGACGUUCAACGCGCUCGUCGUGCUGGUGUUUGGCUGGCGCAUGAUGGCGUACCUGCUGAUCGGUUCGGUGCUGGCGAUGGGUCUACAUCCCGUCGCCGGGCACUUCAUUGCCGAGCACUACAUGUUCGCGAAGGGCUUCGAGACGUACUCGUACUAUGGGCCACUGAACUGGAUCACGUUUAACGUGGGCUACCACAACGAGCAUCACGACUUUCCGGCCAUCCCGGGGAGCCGCCUGCCCGAGCUGAAAAAGAUUGCGCCGGAGUACUACGAAACGAUGCCGCAGCACACCUCGUGGGUGCGGGUGCUGUACGAUUUCAUUACCGAUCCAGCCGUCGGCCCGUACGCUCGCAUCAAGCGCAAGAGCCUGGACCGGCCGAAAGCGCCCACCGCCGAAAAAUCGAUUGGUCUGAUCAAUGACUCAUGGCAACCUGAAGUAGAGCAGAAGAAAAGAUAAGCUCCUCGCUAUCACCGUAGGCGCGCGUGUGUGUGCUUGUGUAUGGACGUAAUACUUUGGGGGGAAAAACGGCAAGUUUUGUAAUAAAAUUUUUGGACAGAAUAGAUAAACAGAACGGUGAUAGAUAAUGACGGUGAUAGGCGUAAUAGGGGCGAGAUAGAGCCGUCGGUGCGAAUGUGUGAUCAAUUGAUAGGACGUGCGAAGUUUCACUGACCACGAAACACUGUAACCGUGCGUGAUUGGAAUGGAAUUAAUACGUUAAACUGCUACUGCUGUGCUUAAAAAAAAGUUUUCUAAACCUACA